UUUAAUUCCUUCAGAAGGACUAAUAUCGUACUGCAACAUUUGCCCUGGAAUCAAGCAUUUCUCCAAGAAGCCCUGGUUGCCUUUAUUGGAGAAUUGCAUUUAGAAAUCAGGAUCUGAGCUCUGGGAGUGCUCUUUGCUACUGGGAUGUCAUGGCUUUCUCUCCAGGAAUAGAGCUAGAGUAAUAGAAUGUCAAAGCACACGGAUGCAGCAGAAGUACUGUUGGAAAGAAAAGGUUGUGCAGGAGUGAUAACACUAAACAGACCAAAGUUACUAAAUGCACUGACUUUUAAUAUGAUUCGGCAGAUUUAUGCACAGCUAAAGAAGUGGGAACAAGAUCCUGAAACUUUCCUGAUCAUUAUAAAGGGAGCUGGAGAAAAGGCUUUCUGUGCUGGGGGUGAUAUCAGAGUGAUCUCAGAAACUGGAAAGACAAACCAGAAGAUAUUUCAAGAUUUCUUCAGAGAAGAAUAUAUGCUGAACAAUGCUAUUGAUUCUUGUCAGAAACCAUAUGUUGCACUUAUUCAUGGAAUUACAAUGGGUGGGGGAGUUGGUGUCUCAGUUCAUGGGCAAUUCCGAGUGGCCACUGAAAAGUCUCUUUUUGCAAUGCCAGAAACAGCAAUAGGACUAUUCCCUGAUGUGGGUGGAGGUUAUUUCUUGCCACGACUUCAAGGAAAACUUGGUUACUUCCUUGCAUUAACAGGAUUCAGGCUGAAAGGAAGAGAUGUGUACACAGCAGGAAUUGCUACGCACUUUGUAGAUUCUGAAAAGUUGGGCAUGUUAAAAGAAGAUUUAUUAGCCCUGAAGUCUCCUUCAAGUGAAAAUAUUGCAGAUGUCUUAGAAACUUACCAUACAAAGUCCAAGAUUGAUCAAGACAAGUCUUUUAUACUUGAGGAACACAUGGACAAAAUAAACAGUUGGUUCUCGGCCAAUACUGUGGAACAGAUUAUUGAAAAUUUACAGCAAGAUGGUUCAUCUUUUGCCCUCGAGCAGUUGAAGGUGAUUAAUAAAAUGUCUCCAACAUCCCUAAAGAUCACACUAAGACAACUCAUGGAGGGGUCCUCAAAGACCUUGCAAGAAGUAUUAACUAUGGAAUAUCGGCUGAGUCAAGCUUGUAUGGGAGGCCAUGACUUUCAUGAAGGCGUUAGGGCAGUUUUAAUAGAUAAAGACCAGAGUCCAAAGUGGAAACCAGCUGAUUUAAAAGAAGUUACUGAUGAAGAUUUGAAUAAUUAUUUUAAAUCUCUGGGAAGCAAUGAUUUGAAAUUUUGAGGUGACUGGAUUUUUAAG